UCCCUGCUUUAAAGAGUCCUCUCUGACAGUGAGAUCUGAUUCUUCCAUGUUUCUGUUUGUUGCCCUCCGCAGCCGAUCAACCACAUGAACAGCUCCCUAACGUCUCUGUACCGUAAAGGAGUCCCUGAGUCGGGCUCCGGCUCCCCCAGGAGAGAUCCUCCUGCUGCCAGCACUCCUGGCGGCGCAGCCAGCGCCCCCCCCACUGCAGGAACACAGGUGUCCACAGGAGGCUGGUUUAUUGACAAAGGCAGAGGCCCCGAGGAGCGCAAAAUCUUAAUCGACCUGUGUGAUGAUACGGAUGUGUCCAUGCUUGAGCCGGAGAAGUCGACCAAAAAGUCAAAGAAAAGGACAAAGGUCUCUGAAACUAGUGUGACCCGCACCCCAAAUAAGAAAGCAAAAUCAAACUCACUCGAGCUGCAGUAUCCCACUCUGAAGUUUGAAGAUGUAGGAGGCAAUGAAGAGACGUUAACGGAGGUGUGUAAGCUGCUGAUCCACAUGCGUCACCCGGAGGUGUACCAGAGCUUGGGGAUGGUUCCUCCCAGGGGCUUCCUCCUGCACGGACCCCCCGGCUGUGGAAAGACCCUGCUGGCCCAGGCUGUGGCGGGGGAGCUGAAGCUGCCCUUGUUGAAGGUGUCGGCUCCAGAGCUGGUGUCUGGAGUGUCGGGGGAGUCUGAACAGAAGCUCAGAGAGCUGUUUGAACAGGCUGUGAGCUCUGCUCCGUGUGUCAUGUUCAUAGAUGAGAUCGAUGCCAUCACACCAAAGAGAGAGGUGGCUUCUAAAGACAUGGAGAGGAGGAUCGUAGCCCAGCUGCUGACCUGCAUGGACGACCUGAACAGUCUGACGGUGACGGCUCAGGUGAUGGUGAUCGGCAGCCAACCACCGGCCGGACUCCCCCUGGACCCCGCCUUGCGCAGAGGGGGACGCUUCGACAGAGGAGAUCUUGCCUAG